CCAAGUUACAAUCACAUAACUAACUUACCAAGUUACAAUCACAUAACUAACUGAGUAAGUGUCCAAUAACUAACUGAGUUUGUGACCAACUUAGUGAGUUUAAUCUAACAAACUCCAAGCCUAACUCCAACCCUCCCUCCGAUUCGAACCUGCACUCUAUAAAUUCACUUCUCCUCUCACUAUUUUAGGGAUGGAAUCUCACAACCUUCAAUCCUCUCAAGCUCUCCACCAUCAACAAUCUCCAGAAUCGUCACUCUCUCUGAACUCAAACUUCAAUCACAGUCCAUUGAACGAAGCUUGAUUCACCAUCGCCGAUCAGUGUUCAACUUCACUCUCUCAUAUCAACGCUCAUCCUCAUCUCCGAUCAAGUCGCAUCCAUCGUCUACCUCACAACAACAUCUCAAGUGUGUGCAGGAAAGUGUAGAAACGAGAAGAAGAAGAAAGGGGAGGAAGUAUAAGAUUCGAGCAGAAGCGAAGGAAGCACCAGACGUACCUGAAACUUCGUCGCCGUCGUCACCGUCAAAAAAACUCCGAAAUGAAAAAUCUUCCCAAAAUAUGUGUAGAUACUACUGAUGCGUUUAUGACGACGGAAAGAUUUGGUACACGAGAAGAGGUUAUCAGAUGGAUUAAAGAGGUUGGAAUCGACAAUAAAGUAACUGUUAUUAUCAGUCGUUCAGAUACUGAAACGGGGAAGAGAGGGAGAAGUAACAAAAUAAUAUUUGGCUGUGAUAAAGGUGGGAAACACAAGAUUAGUGAUAGUGGUACCCAAAGUGCGUCCAAGAAAUGUGGAUGUCCAUUUAAAAUCAGGUCGACUCCGGCGAAAGAUGGAUCUGGUUGGAAGAUUGAUGUAAAAUGUGGGUUACAUAAUCAUGGUUUACCUGAUAGAUUAGAAGGUCAUUUGUUUAUUGGUAGGUUGACCACAGAUGAGAAGCAACAUGUCGCUGAUUUGGCAAAGAGACAUGUAGCACCUAGAAACAUUUUGCUUUCCUUGCAAGACAAGUUUCCUGAGAAUGUCACUCGUAUUACGCAAGUAUACAAGCAUAAGAGUGUGAUAGAAAAAGAGAUAAGAGGUCCAAGGAGUGAGAUACAACAUCUGUUUAAGCUUAUUGAGGAUGCAGGAUAUGUGUAUUGGAGUAGAAAAAAGGAUGACUCGGAAGUGGUGAGAGAGAUAUUUUUGGCACAUCCUGAUUCAGUGAAGUUGUUGAAUAUAUUUCCGAUUGUGUUAGUUAUGGAUAGCACCUACAAGACAAACAAAUAUAGACAACCUUUGUUUGAAAUUGUUGGCAUGACAUCGACUGAGUUGACUUUUGCUGUUGGAUUUGCAUAUAUGGAGUCUGAGUAAACAGAGAAUUUUUGCUGGGUAUUGGAGAAAUUAAAAGAGUUGUUUGUGAAGAAAGACAUGUGUCCACAAGUGAUUUUGACAGAUAGAGAUCUUGCUUUGAUGAAAGCAAUUGAAGUUGUGUUUCCCAACUCGAUUAAUUUGCUAUGUAGAUUUCACAUUAACAAAAACGUUGGUGCCAAAUGCAAACAACAUGUGGUGAAUGACCUGCAAAAGACGAUAGACACAUUAUGGAUGGAAGUUGUCUGGGCUAGUGAUGAGGUUGAGUAUGGUCAGCGGUUGCAUCAACUUGAGCAAGCAUGUGUUGAUUAUAGUGGAUUUAUUAAUUAUGUGAAAGACACAUGGUUGACUCCACAUAGGCAUAGAUUUGUUGGAGCAUGGAUUAAUCGAGUCCUACAUUUGGGUAACACAACGACUAAUCGGGUUGAAUCUGCUCAUUGGAAGUUAAAGCAGAUGUUAGGAAACAGUAUAGGUGACAUGGUCAAAUGUUGGGAAGCCAUGAAUAACAACUUGAGGUUACAACUGGGAAACAUUAGAGCUUCAUUUCAAAAGAGUUUUUACGAAGUUGAGAACGCGCACGUAAGUCCCUUUUAUGGUUAUUUGCGUGGUUCCGUAUCUCGAGCUGCUUUGAGACGUAUUGCUGAAGAGUUAUUGAGAGUUGAUUAUGUUGGAACUAACAGGCAAAUAUGUGGUUGUACUCUUAGAACAUCUUAUGGGUUACCUUGUGCUUGUGAGUUAGGAAGAUACAGAGUAGGUGGUAUACCGAUACCCAUUGAUGCUGUUCAUGUUCAUUGGAGGAAACUAACUAUGGAAGUUGAGUUAGAGAUAGGUGAAGAUGAUGGAUCAGAGGUGGAUAUGACAGCUGCAAUGGAUGAGUUGUGGAGACGAUUUAGGUCAUUAGAUGUUGUUGGGAAAAGGGCAUUAAGCUGCAAUGGAUUAGUCCGUUUACUUACCUCACCGAACCAUAUAUGUCGAGCAACAUGAUGCUCGUACUUCACCAAAAGCGAUGUAUCGUACGGCCCUCCUGGAUAUCCAGUCGGCUCAGCUGCAGCUGCAGAUGAAGAUGCACCCCGGUCUAACGUGCGGACUGGAAUCCGGCCAUCUGCACCUCUUCUUCGAACCACUGCAAAAAUAAUGUAAAAAAAAAUAAUUAAAAUUAAAAAAAAAAAAAAAAAAUUACGUACCGGAACACUUCAAAGAAGAGUUCCGGUACACAUCAUCCAAACCGGAAGACUUGAAGAAAGUGUUCCGGUAUACAAGUAUACAAACCGGAAGACUUUCUAGAAGACUUCCGGUUCAGUGUCCAUAAAAACAACAAACCGGAACACUUUAGAGAAGUGUUCCGGUAUACACUUUUCAAACCGGAAGACUUACUCUUAAGUGUUCCGGUAUACAAUGCAAAAACGCCAAAAAAAAUUCUUCUCCGGAAGUCUUCAACGAAAAUGGUAAAAAAAAUUGAAACGGAAAAUAUACCCUAUUUAUAUGAGGGUAUUUUGGUCAAAAAAAUUUAAAUGUAGGGGUAUGGGUACAAUUGUAGGGGUAUAGGGUAAAAUUUUCGGCUUCUCAUGGCCAAGUGCUGAUGGGCCCAACAGAUUGGACCCUAACCAGGAUUUUGUGGCCAUUACGCCUAUUUCCGUUUUACACCCCCUGCCAGGGUGAAUUUCCAUGGGCCUUCAUCAUGUAGGCCCAUGCGCUUGAAACUGCUUCCUGCACCAUACUCCAGAGUUUGCACCUUCCGGCCUAUGCUAAUUUAUUUUGGUAUUUUCUUUUGAUCAUCUUGGUAUUUCCAUGCAAUUUAAUUCUUUAAUUUUUUAUUUUUAUUUGUCGAUUUC